AUGAAGAUCAUUGGUGAGAAAUAUUCAGGGAAAACUCCAAACAAAGCUAUUUUAAUAGUUGGAGAAACAGGGACAGGGAAGUCCACACUGAUUAAUACUAUGGUUAAUUAUGUCCUUGGAGUGAAACCUGAGGAUAAAGUCUGGUUUGACAUCACAGGAGAGGAGGGAAAGAGCCAGACUGCAAGUCAGACAAGUCACAUCACUGUUUAUGAUGUUUUUAUGAAGGAGUCCCCAUACUCUCUCACCAUCAUUGAUACACCUGGAUUUGGAGACACUCGAGGGAUUGAAUUUGAUGAGAUGAUUUCUGAAUCUCUGCUCAGUUUAUGCAGAAUGGAGGAUGGAGUUCAUGAAAUUGAUGCUGUGUGUCUGGUGGUCAAAGCUUCUCAGAAUCGACUCUCGAUUCAACAGCGCUACAUUUUUAAUGCCAUUUUGUCUUUAUUUGGCAAAGACAUAGAGAAGAACAUAGUCUUACUCAUCACAUACUCAAGUGGAGCCCAACCUGAUGUUCUACAGGCCAUUACUGAGGCCAAAAUACCCUGUGCUCGAAAUGAAGACAAUCAACCUGUCCAUUUUCUGUUUAACAACUGGCAAAAACAGACAUGUGAUAAGAAGAAUGAGAGGAAAUACAAAUUUGAUUGGGAAUGCAGUGAGGACAGUAUGAAAGACUUUCUGGAAUAUUUGAAGACCAUGGAGAAGAGAAGUUUGAAGAUGACUGAAGGAGUUCUGAGAAAACGUGAGCAGCUGAAGGCUUGUUUCAAUAACUUACUGGAGCGUGUGCAGUGGGCUGAACUCAAACAAAAGGAGUUGAGGCAGAAGAGGGAUGCCCUGGAGAAAUUCAAGAGAAAGGACAAGGAGUUUGAGGUAGAAAUUGACGAGGUCUACAAAGAAAAGGUCCCCAUAAUCCCACGCUGGUGGCACUUAGGCAAAGCAGCAACCUGCUGCACUGUGUGUAAGGAGAACUGUCACUACCCAGGAUGCUGGUGGGUCAUAGAUCUCUCAUGGUGCAGUGUGAUGGAAGAUGGGAACUGCACUGUGUGCACUAAAAAAUGUCACUACACAAAGCAUGUUAAAGAGGAGAAAAUAUAUGUGUCAAAGACCAGGAAGGUUAAAAUUAAAAAGGAGGAUUUCUGGAGAAAAUUAGGAGAGAAAGAGAACGCCGUGAGGAAACUUGAGGAUCAGCUCCAAAGGGCAAAAGAAAAGAAAAUCAGACUGAUUGAUAAAGCGUAUCAGUCCAUCAUCACACUGGAGGAUACUGCAUUGAAGCCUGACUGUUAUUCCACUCUUCUCCAUCUGGAUUUCUUGAUUGAGAAAAUAAAGGAAACUGGGGAUAUGGGGAGAUUUCAGAGACUGACUGAUAUAAAGAAGAGGGCUGAUGAGGAAAACAGGAGAGUAAUGGCAUAUUACAGAGCAAUGAUUCAAGGAGCUCAUGACAUUUGGCAAAGGAGAGAAAAUUUCAUCAAGUAUGUUAGGAAAUAG